AGUCACUCUCUUCAACACGCGACCUUUCGCUUCAAGCGGCCUUCGCUGGCCCACAUACACCAUGUAGUACUACAUAUUCUUUUCGUGUUCCCAUUCAUUCCAGUUGUCUUCGACAAAAUCGACAACCUGCGUCCAAUCUCGACAAACAUGGGUUGCUCCUUGACGAUCACCGCCUCCGCCGCCGUACCGCUCUUCCCAAUUGUGGGACUCAAGCGUCAAAUCCGAAUCGCAAAGCGCCAUCUGCCUGAGGUAAUUCAAGCAGUGCGUAAUGUGACCUUCACCUACGGCGUUGCUCUCGUCAAAGGCAAGGUUAAGAAGCCGCAAGCAGUGUAGUUCGUGGAACAUGGUGACAACGAACAUCCUUCGCUUCCCAGACAGCUUGUUGGUGUCGUGGAAUUGUGUGUGAUUUCCGUCUGUUUUCAAGCGUACAUAGCCCCAAGGUUUUCCCCCUAAGGCUUCCCACUGCGGGUCCGAUUCAUAUCCAGCAACUGGAUAAUGUCUGGACUCCUCAACGGUCAAUAACACUGAUUGGAGGGAAUCGGCUGAAGGGAUGGCCCUAGGAUAAUCAUGUCCGCGAAGGUUGAAAUCUCACGGGAUGAUUGUAGAGCUUGGGCCCAAUCGAGCUUCAAACGCCAUAUUGCAAAGAGUAGAUUGACUAGGCUCAGGAAAGCGAAAGUGGCUGGGAGUGUCCUCCAGUUGAAGUGGAGAAACAUGUUCUGCUGGGAACAGUUGUGCCCUUGAUCUCCCUUACGGUCGUUUCCAACACUUGCAAAAAGAUUGUGCCCGCAAUGACUAUUAACCACAAAAGGAGAUUCUCGCGAGAUUUUUCGGACUCUCCUUCAGAUCUGGUACCUCCAGCUGAAAAGGAAAUUCUAGUCCCUGUCAUCGGAUCUGCCAGUUCGAUCGGGAAACCAGCACAUGUCGCUCAGCGCUGAGGCUAUGAGGGGUAUUCUGGGUCCUCCUGACCUACGAUAGGUCCCGAUUGUUUUCCAGUCACGUACCAGAUUUCUGACAUGUCACAACCAGGAUUCAAAAUUCAAAAUUCAAACUCAACUCCUUCGAAACCUGAAGACAUGAGCAGGGGACCACGCUACGCUUUACUUCCUUCUGAAGGAGGAUCGACAGACGACGUGGAAAUUGAGGCCUAUGUCCCUCGGCCGUCACGCAAAAAAGCAGAGAACCUCGUUUACUUGUCGGCUUGCAUUGGCGGGAUAUUAUCUUCCACCGUCUCUGUUAUUCUCUUGCUUUCAGGUAUCGGUGGCACCGCCCAACAAAGCAUGUCAGCCUCGCUUCCAACGCGUCGCGCCAGCACUUAUCUCGGCCUCGACAAGGUUGACUUCACCGGUAGCCCUACAUUUCCUCCGAUAUCAAGUUUUGCGCAUGUCGUACUCCAGGCAGAUCUUCAGAGUCCUCAACGAGCCAUGUCUGAGGAUGAUCGCAGUUAUUACUCUCCCGAAGGUGUGAUCUACCCGGACGAUCGACAUAUACUGGCCACACCGAAUGUCUCGACCGUUGUUCAGUUCAGAAACCUGGAUUACGGGAUGGAACGGUGUGCGCUUUGGAUUUCGACUCCGCCGGUAAAUAUGUCUCAUAACCCUGCUAUUCGUAUGGACGAUGUUACGAUUGACAUAUGGGAACUGGAUAUGGCUGACGAGCUUUUCCCCCUUGCGGGUGUUUCUGGUAAAUGGGCCGCCCCACCUCGGCGACGUUCGCUGUAUGCCGACCGACUCGUACUCAAGGAAGACUCUUCCGGCACGGUGAAGCUGAAGGAAUUUUUAUGCCGCUCGGGGGAGUUUACAACUUUCGAGGUUUCAUGUUCUCCUGGGAUUAAUGAUUGCUUGUUGGAUUUUUGGCAGGUCAAGGGGAUGCCGUUAAACGGUGUUUCUAUGAGACAGUUCGAUUCAGUUCACCUUUCUGGAGUUGUAGUCUAAAUUUGAGCAUUUUUCUGUUUCGAACUUUCAGUCAUGAUUGAUGUUACGACAAAAAAAGGGGCGGCAAGAAAAAUCAUGAUUCAUCAUCUCACUGUUAUCAUUACAGAAGUGACAAUUACGAGUUCGAAGACGCUGC